CCGGCGGCAGCGGCGGGGCUGAGGCGAGCGCGGGGACGGCGAGGGGAGCCCUCUGAGGCGCCGGGCCGCGCCAGGGACGGACGGACAGCGGGGGAGAGGAGCCGGAGCCGCCGCCUCGAGAGCCGCCAGCAUGGAGCAGCUGUCAGAUGAAGAACUCGAUCAUGGUGCAGAGGAAGACAGUGAUAAAGAAGAUCAAGAUCUGGACAAGAUGUUUGGGGCUUGGCUUGGAGAGCUGGAUAAACUCACACAGAGUCUGGAUACUGACAAACCCAUGGAGCCAGUGAAAAGAUCCCCUCUUCGCCAGGAGACAAAUAUUGCCAAUUUCUCCUAUCGUUUUUCAAUGUAUAACUUGAAUGAAGCCCUGAACCAGGGAGAGACUGUAGAUCUGGAUGCUCUCAUGGCAGAUCUUUGUUCCAUAGAGCAAGAGCUCAGCAGCAUUGGGUCACAGUCUGCAAACAGUACAUCAAUGAAACGCUUUACCACAGAAGGAAAAAUGGUCCAGAAACCACCUGGUGGUGGUAGGCUUGCUGCCAAGCACAGUAGUAUGAAGGGAUUGUCUUCUUCGUCAUCUAGUCGGGUAACUAAGCCUUCACACGCUAUCUUUUCUCUGGAUGACAUUACUGCUCAGUUAGAAAAAGCCUCUCUAAGUAUGGAUGAAGAAGCUCAGCAACCUUUGAUGGAAGAUAAUAAGCCUGUAGUUACUUCUCAGCACAGAAGGACAGCAUCGGCAGGCACUGUGAGUGAUGCUGAAGUCCGUUCUAUCAGUAAUUCCUCGCGUUCCAGCAUAACCUCUGCAGCCUCAAGUAUGGAUUCCCUGGACAUUGAUAAGGUGACAAGACCUCAGGAACUGGAUUUGACUCAACAAGCACAACCAAUUAGUGAGUGUUUUGUUUCUGUGGAACAUCCCAGCAAGCACGUCAGGCGCCACAUUGACUUUUCUGAAGAAGAGGAUGAAUUGGCUGCUCACUCCUAUUUGGACAGGGAAACUUCCCUUCUUCUGAGAAACAUUGCAGGGAAGCCUUCUCAUUUGCUGACCAAGGAGGAACAAGCUGCUAAACUAAAGGCUGAAAAGAUCAGGGUAGCUUUAGAGAAGAUUAAGGAAGCACAAGUUAAAAAGCUGGUGAUACGAGUCCACAUGUCUGAUGACAGCUCCAAAACAAUGAUGGUCGAUGAGAGACAGACAGUAAGACAAGUGCUGGACAACCUGAUGGACAAGUCUCACUGUGGUUUUAGCUUAGACUGGUCCUUGGUAGAAACCAUCUCGGAGUUACAAAUGGAGAGAAUCUUUGAAGAUCAUGAAAAUUUAGUUGAAAAUCUCCUCAACUGGACAAGAGACAGUCAAAACAAGCUUAUGUUUGUAGAACGUAUAGAAAAAUAUGCACUUUUCAAAAAUCCUCAGAAUUACCUUCUGGGGAAAAGAGAGACCUCUGAGAUGGCAGACAGGAACAAGGAAGUACUACUGGAGGAGUGCUUUUGUGGAAGCUCAGUAACAGUUCCAGAAAUUGAGGGAGUGUUGUGGCUUAAAGAUGAUGGCAAAAAGUCUUGGAAGAAACGAUACUUUCUUCUGCGAGCAUCUGGAAUCUACUAUGUUCCAAAAGGGAAAGCAAAGGUCUCACGGGAUCUUGUAUGCUUUCUUCAACUGGACCAUGUGAAUGUUUACUAUGGGCAAGACUAUCGGAACAAGUAUAAAGCCCCAACAGACUAUUGUCUAGUGCUGAAGCAUCCCCAGAUCCAGAAGAAAUCCCAGUAUAUUAAGUAUCUGUGCUGUGAUGAUGUCAGAACUCUACAUCAGUGGAUAAAUGGAAUCCGUAUAGCCAAGUAUGGGAAACAAUUAUAUGUGAAUUAUCAAGAAGCUCUGAAAAGGACGGAAUCAGCAUACGAUUGGACAUCGCUGUCUAGCUCUAGUAUUAAGUCAGGAUCUAGUUCAUCUAGUUUACCAGAAUCUCAGUCCAAUCAUUCCAAUCAAUCUGAUAGUGGGGUUUCAGACACCCAAACCGGACAUGUUCGUUCUCAAAGUAUUGUCAGCUCCAUCUUCUCAGAGGCCUGGAAACGGGGCACUCAGCUAGAAGAGUCCAGCAAGAUUAGCGCCAGAAUGGAUUCAAUACACCGACCUUUAACUUCACUUGCCCCUCCGUUGUCACCACAGACAAAGACAGCCGCCCCAUAUACAGCAGCAUCACAGCCAUCCCCUCCCCUCCCGCCUCCUCCACCACCACCUCCACCGCCUCCUCCACCUCCACCCCCACCACCUCCCCCUCUGCCUAGCCAAUCGCUGCCAUCUGGUGGCGGCUCAGCAACAGUGUUUGUAAAGUACAGCACCAUCACCAGACUGCAGAAUGCCUCUCAGCAUGGGGGGCUGCUCUUCAAACCACCCCUCAUGGCACAACAGCCACCACUCCUCCCACCACCAGGAAAACCUCUGACCCCCCUGCCCCCAAAUGGCGUGGUCCCUCCACCCCCUCCACCCCCACCACCCCCUACCCCAGGCUCAGCUAUGGCACAGCUCAUGAAGCCAGUGCCCUCCAACCCAUCAGUACCACAAUUCACCCCACCGCCCCCUCCUCCGCCUCCUCUCAAAAUCCACCAGGUUCAUCAGAAUGUUCCUCAGCUGCCACCGGUCGCUACACCGCCCCCACCUCCCCCCAUGCCCGCACCCCCACCUCCACAAGCCCCGCCUAAGCCGAUCAUGACUUUGCCUACACAAAACAGUGCAAAAGUGGCCUCACCUGUAGUGAUGCAUCCCACACCACCUGCAGCUGCACCCUCACCUGCUCCUGUUCCUUCUGCAAUAAAGAAGCAGCCGAGCUUUACCACUCCACAUACUCCGUUAUCUCCUGCCCCAUUAGGCCCUACUCCCCCACCCACAUUACCCAAACAGCAGAGCUACACCAGUAAGCUUCCUCCUUCUCCCCAGUCUCCCAUGCCAUCAGUUGUGAAGCAAAUAGCCAGUCAGUUUCCUCCUCCCCCUCCCCCUCCCCCUCCUCCCUUGCCAGUGACAGAGCUCCAACCUUUAAAGCCCGCUCCUCUGAAUGUCCCUCCCCAGUCCCCUCCUGCAGUGAAAGCCAAGCCAAAAUGGCAACCCUCCUCAGUCCCUUCACCCGACUUCCCCCCACCUCCACCCGAGAGCAGCCUAGCAUUCCCUCCUCCGCCAUCCCCAGUUCCGUCAGCAGUGUCUCCCACUCCAGAUAAGUCAAGCGGCUCUCCAGUCAAAAAGGCUAGUAAGACCUCCAGUCCUGGGGGCAAGAAACCACCCCCUACCCCUCAGCGCAACUCAAGCAUCAAAUCUAACAGCUCAGCAGAAUACCAUGAAUCUAAGAGACCUUCUGUGGACGUCUUGGUCAGCAAAUUUGCACACCCACCAGAGCCUUCAGGGUCUCCUUCCAAGGAGACUGCAACCCCGCCUGCUGCUCCUCCCAAGCCCGGAAAGCUCAAUCUGCCUAUUGUUCUUCAGCAAGCAGGAAUUUCAGCCAAAGCACCGGCCGUAGGAGCCUCUGGGAAGGGUGCUGUGGAAGAGUUUCCUUCUCCUCCGUCAGAUUCAGACUUCCCCCCUCCACCCCCUGAAAUAGAGCUUCCUCUGCCACCAAUAGAGAUUCCUGCUGUGUUUUCAGGCAAUACCUCUCCAAAAGUUGCUGUUGUCAAUCCUCAGCCUCAGCUGUGGUCUAAACCAUCGGGGAAGAAAGCUCCCCCUCCAACACGCCCCAAACGCAAUGACAGCACCCGACUCUCGCAGGCCGAAAUUGCAGAAUCACAGGUUGCCGCCAGUUCGCAAGUGCCCACUUCCCCCAAGUCUGGCCUUAAUGUUCAGCCUGGCUUCCUGGCUGACCUGAACAGGACUCUUCAGCGUAAGUCCAUCAGUCGGCAUGGUUCCCUCUCCUCUGCUCGGAUCUCCAGGGCAGAGCCAACCACUACAAUGGAUGAUAUGGCCUUGCCCCCACCUCCCCCAGAACUCCUCACAGAAAAGCAGAAGACUAGCAACUUUGGAGGCAGUCAUAUAUCAGGCUAUGCAACGUUACGGAGGGGCCCACCCCCAGCGCCUCCGAAAAGGGAUCAGAACACCAAGCUGUCUCGAGACUGGUGAUGGGGUAGGAACUGUAAUGGUGUGGGUUGCCUGCAAAGCACGUCACAUGACAUACAUAAUACAUUUGUAUUCAGUCUUGUCCAAUAGCUGUGGUUUUUUUAAAAAUGUACUGUAAUGAUUGCUAUGGACAAUGAAUACAUUCCCUUUCACAAUCAGUUCUGAAGAUUUAUUGUUAGAGAUGGAAAGGUGGGCUGUUCUGAAUUUUAAAAUCCUUCAAAUGGGUUGGACCAAAACCUUUAUUAACAUUUUUUCCUGCAGUUCAGGAAAGCAAUUGUUGUCUGUCCAUGUGAGACAUGUUGGUGCAUGUAUUAUAAAUGUACUUAUAUAAUAUAUUGUGAAAUAUUUCAUUGCAAUUAUAGAGGCUAACCAGAAUGUUUUGUACAUCUGUAUUUAUUGUUUCAGUCAACUGAAAUAUAUAUUACCAGAAAUUGGAUUGCUGUGUUAAUCAGUAAAGUCUUUUACUUUUUAAAAAUGAAGAUAUUAGGGGGCACUUUAAAUCAGAAAACUUUUCUCAGUUGGCGAAGGGUAUACAACGCUGGCAGGUUGUAUCAGUAUCUACAUUGUCAAUUGAUUGAAAAAAAUACAGACACAACUUACCAAAACAUUCUGGUCCUUACUUGAGAACCCUGUGCUGUACAGUGGGGUGGACUGAAAUAUUCAGAAUAAAGGCAUUCUCUGAAAACUAUUAAGGAAAGGACUGAUAGAUUUAAAAUUUUCCAAAGUUCACUGCUUUUUGUUAGUGUACUACAGGCUGCAGUUGAAUCCUCACUUUCCUGGGAGUAAGGCCUGUUGAACACACUGGGACUUAUUUCUGAGUAAAGGUACAAACACUCAGACUGGAAAGCUGCAAUCCUCAUCACAUGGCAGAGUAAGUCAUACUGAACCUAGUGGGUUUACUUUAGAGUGGAGAUGUUGCAUGUAGCUUGUGUGUGUGUGUGUGCGCGCUAUUCCAGACUGAUUUUUUUUUGUAACUUACUGGUCAGUUUUGCAUUUGCAUAGAAACGGCGCGUCUCCCAUCCCCAGUCAUGAGCAUUCUGGAUAUACUGAGCACAGAGUCCGUUAAAUUUGUUAGGUACCUCCAACAUGGCAAUAUAUGGCCAAUGCACAUAAAUCUCUUACUACAGAGAAAAGCUUCAUUCAAGCAUACAGUUGCACGUGUGAACAUUGCAUUCCCUUCCAGGGGGAAGUAUUGCUUAAGCAUUAAUCAGGAGCUAGCUGGAAGGUAUGCUAGGUAAGAGAGCACGGCAGGUGUUCCAUAAGGGAACAUGGAGAAUGUCUGGGCAGCUGGAAGAUGGCUGCAGCAACAGGGAAAGCUCUUUUCUUGUAGACUAGCUGUGGUGGUGAUGGUGUGAACUCCAGUACUAAAGCAGAAAGGAGACAAGAUGGCCUCUGGUUUUGCCAUCUGUGGUUGCCUGGCUUGGCUGAAACGUAAACGGCUCCUCAUACAAAGCAUGUGUAAGGGGAGAGGAGUGCUACAAUCAGAAAUAUCUUUUAUCAAAAAUGUUAUUGCAUAAGGCACCCCGGCAUCCCAAAUUCUGAUGCAAGUAUUGUGUAUGCAGUACAAAAGAUAAUGGAAUACCUGUUGAUAUUGGCUGUUGUAAUAGAUUAGAAUAUUCUAAGUACUUUUAAGUUUCAUAUCAUGAGUGCAGAACAUAUUUGCUCUGUGCUUUCAAAAUACUUUUUGUUUUAAGGGAACUCUGUUAAAGCUAAUUUGUCUAACAACUCCCCACCCGCCGUUACAUAGUGUCUUCACAUAAGAUAGAGAAGGGUGACAGAAUUUAGACGCGAGACUCAAUGACUUACAAAACUGGUCUAUCCUGAACCCUAUUUGUAUUAUGAAGAAAAGUUUCCAAAUAAGGGUCAUUUUGAAGGUUAAAAGGAACUGUUUUUCCUUAGAAACCAGAGGAAAAGUUCGCCUGUGUGCAGUUUAGACUGAGGAAUCCUCAAUAUAGAACAUGAAUGGUUGUCUGAUUGUUGAAUCCGCUUAUAUUUCUCCCCUUCCCAGGUGUAAUUUUCCUAUUUUACAUCGUUUACUUGAGCAAUAAGAACAUACCAAUGUGUGCAUUUUUAAAGCUCUGCUGUUGGAAGGCUUUUUUGUAUCUUUCAAGACAUUCAGAGUUUGGUUUCUUUUAUCUUUGUGCUUAUAAAGUGUCCUUAAAACCAUUUGCAUUACUGCAUUUUGGCAUACUCGGUAUAUCUGACUUGCAUCUUACAAUGUACUUCUAAAGCAUUGGUGCUCAAACUUGAUUGUUCCUGCUGCUGCUUGGAUCACUUCCUGGCCAUUAGAAUGAGCACAUCACUGGGGAGGCAGGAGGCAUCAGAUGUGUUGUGUGUCCAAGUGUCACCUGCCACCCAGCUCUGUAGCUCGGGUCAUGGAAAUGCUACUGAGGCUGUUUUUGGUUAGCACGAUUAGUUUAUUCACCCACGUCCCCUGCACACUUGUUCAGUUGGAACAGGUGCUUUAAGCAGCCUGGACAAGUGACAGUCAUGACUUCUGGGGACCAUGUAUUUCUUUGCACCAGUGGAUGUUGCCAAGUCAUCGCCAUCAGCAGGGCCAAAAAGAUGACCCAUUUUGCUGAUGCUAGCAAAAAAAAGCUAGGAUGUCCUAAAUUAAGCUGGCAAGUUGUAGCUCCCUGCCCAUCCGGGUUUUAACUAAUCCUGCCAGUGCUGCUGUUACCAACUGCCAUGUUCGCUCCUCUCUUGGCCUUCAUAAAGGACCACUAACUGCCUCUGAUGCUCUUUCUGCGAGGAGCACUGAAACCCACCAGGGCAGCCAAGUUAGCUUAAUUUUGAAUGGAGCAGGCGUUGAAUUUUCUGUAUAGGUGUUGCCCAUAGAUGUGUUUGUGCAUUCCUUUUUCAAUUAGUAACAGCAGCUGCAAUGAUAGCUGCUUAAACAUCAAUGAGCAGAAAUGCAAAUGUUUUCUUUGAUGUAUGUUUUAAUUGGGGACAGCAGCAACUGCUAAAGCUAUGUUGCUUUAGAAUACUUUGGUUGAAAAACUAUUCUUUAGACAUAAAUCAUUCAGUUUUGAUACUGCCAUUCUUCAGAGAGCUAUUCUGGUUAUUUGUAUAUAUUAACAAGCAUCCUUGCGUUCUAGGAAGUUAAAGUAGCAACUUGUUCAUAUAGACUUUUCCCCCCUCUAGUCUAAGUGGUGUCCUGUAUUUUCUUGGAUGGUUCACCUAGCUGGAACUACAAGUGGCUUUCCUUGGUGCUGAAAAUGUUUGUGACGGAAGCUGAAUUGUCUUUCACCAAACACCCGGCCUCUCUAAUUAGCAUCCAUAAAAUAAAUAGUAAGCCUCUGCCACUGUGGACCAUAAAUUCCAGGGCUGAAAACUGGAUACUUCAGUAAGACUGGAAAAGACUGUGUAAUACUAAUGUAAGAGCAAAAAUGGUGGGGGGGGAGGGUUUACCUUCCACCUAUAGUUUUGGGCCAUGCAUCAAGAAUACCCAGCCCUUCCUACAGAUGAAGCCUGUCCUAAUAGCUGCGUGGAGAAAGGAGCCAAGUCAGCCAUACCCCAGCCAGGGGCCCUGCAAGCCAGAAUGCUUUCUUCCUCUCCUACCCCCAUUAGAGGAAUUGCCGAUACAGGGCCCGUGGAUUUUGUGGUGUGGAGUGUUAUAUGAUGGUCUUCUGUGAUACCGGGGCUAUUCUGUAUAGGUGAACCUUGAGCAAGCACAGCGUGGCUUCACCAGAAAGAAGCUGAUUCUCCUUGCCUUGCAUCCACAGUUGGCUUUUUGAAGCAUGAAGAAGUUGACUUUUUGAUGUGACCCUGGAAUCCUCCUCUUUCUAGUCUAGCAACUUCUUCAGCUAGUGAAGGAAAAUCAGAAAAAUGUUUCAGAAACUUAACAGCUGAACCUUUCACACCUAAUGUGUGUCAUGCCCUGGUCUGUAUGUCCUAUUACUGGUGCAGUGGCAGAAAUGGUGUACUUUAUAUACUUUUUCCAUUUUAACUGUGGGAAGGAACUGAGCUUUGUUUUUCAGAUGUUAGUAAUCAGGCUGUGGUGAUGACGCCUCACAGAAAUGAUUAUGCACAUUUUAACACACCAUUGUUGCAACCAUGGUUUAUGUCUGUGCAGCAGAUCUGUGCAAAGUGCUGUAAAUACAUUCAUGUUUACUGCUUUACAGGAAAAAAAAUUGCACAUUUUCUCUUUUAAGUAGGACUGCCUCCCUUGUCCUUCCUCUUUAAAGAAAGAAUAUAUAAAAUAUUCUAUAAAUAUGUAUAAAUAUACUUUUUUAAGCAUGGGAGAAGAAACACAACAUAAAAUCAUGACAAAGUACCUAAUAGAAAUCAUUAUACUGUGGAAUAUGCACAAGUCAAUAAAGAUGCAGAUAAA